UACCCUUCAUUCUCACCCCUCACCUCCCAUCUCCCAUCGCUACUACUCGUUUUGUUGUCUCUUAAUUCUACCCUGCGUCCUCUCCUCAGGUAUCAGCUCACGUCCUGUCCUCGUGAGACCGCUCCGCUCCGUGCAUGGCAUACUCACACGAAAACCGCUACCACUCCGGACGCCAUGAGUCCUACUACCAACAGCCGCGCCAGCACGACAUCUACUCGUCCUCUCCCACAUCACAUUACGACAUGCCCGCCGCUCACUCGUAUUCCUACGACCCUCGCUACUCCUACUCGACACUCCCCCCGCGCUCCCCAGCAUAUCCUCCGCGCCCAGAUCCUCGGAAAAAGCCGCGAUGGCCUCCCUCGCCGAGUGUAGAGAACGAGAUAGACUCCCUCGCGAAAGAGCUCCGUGGGGUUGGCCUGGAGGAUGAAUCAAGCGGUGAGGCCCGCUCGCGGGGCACUGUCGAUCAAGAGCCGAUCAUGCUAGAAGUGGAGCAGCCCAAAAGCGAUCUGAACGACGAGAGGCGUUUCGUAUUGGUCCCUGGACACGGCACGGAUAAACCUGGGCCCAGGGAUAAUCGACGCAGGAGCUUUGCGGAACGCGGGAAUAUGCCCCAUCUGAAAACCGAUAUUCACCAACCCUCGAUUCCUCUAAGAAGGGAGCCGAGCCCAUACACCAUCUCCAAACCUACCAAGGAGAAUCCCUCCCGCACAUCUGCCGAGUACUUUCUUUCUCCAGAGACCCUCACCCCUCAAGCGUCAAGCAUCCCAAGGUCUGUGCCGAAGGGUGAAGCGCGGGAAUAUUACAAGGAUCAGAACUCGAAGCCAGAGAAGUCAGCUCAACCACAGCACAGGCGGUACGACUCUGCACAGUCACCAAGAACAAGCCACCUCGAUAUCUUUGACGACUCGGAUCUUGACAACGAUGACUCAGCCCACCUUCGCGCAGAGCGACGCCCCGCUCGGUACUCUUUUGUCAAGGAGGAUCUGCAGAAGGAGGAUCUAAGUACAUCUCUAAAUGGCCCAGGCAAGGACCCACGAACUUCCCCGCGCUCUUCAAAUCCUCGGCUACCAAACGAACACUCCAGUAGCGGCAGCUCGGGCUCUUCCAAGACGUCAACGGCGCCACCGUCACCAAGAUCGUCUAAUUCUAAUCUGCACAAUGUAUCGGCGCCUCGUCAGAUCCCCCAAAGUAAGAACCCCCCUGUUGAGACUCCUUAUGCUAGGAGUCCAAGAAGGUUCCAAGACCCUCAAAGUCGGCCUGGGUCUCCUUUAGUCAAGGAGAAGCCUUGGCCUCAAUCUCCUCCCAGGUCUCCUACACUAGCGCAAAGCAACUUCCGUGAUUCCCCUCCUCGUACGAAACCCGUGUCUAGACCGAGCUCAAGGCCAGCAUCAAGAGCAGGCUCGCCAAUAUCAUUCCUUCAUACUACAUCCAUGCCCCCUCCGUCACCUAAGCCGCUUGACGCGAAUGAUGUAGACUGGCACUCCACUUUUCCCCCAGUCACGAGAAACGAAAGAAGGGACGAGCCUAGGCCUAGCUCUCGUCACACCAAGCAACCGUCCAUGAUUGUCCCUCCGCGGAUUGAUGUCCAAUCUCCAUCACCUGCACGGCCGCCCAAGCCGGCAAGUACCUUACCAUAUCCUGUCGACGAUUUGCCGGGCGAGACCUUCAUGCCUUCGGUAGAACAGUACCAGUUUCAACCGAACUCCGCCCAAUAUAUGACACCAAUUCCAACCGCGACUGCAGCAUUUCCCAGGUCGCCAGUGACGUCGUCCCCUACUGUCAGUCGAUCACGUGAUGAGAAAGUAUCGUCUCGACCCCUUGUCACAUCCCGUCACAGUGCUGCAGAGGAAGUCCCACGGCUGGCUAGGGUGCGGGCAAAUUCCAAUCGCUCAUCCUCAGCUUAUGACGGCCGUCGAGUCGAUAAGGCUCCUGCGCCCUUAUCCCUGGAUAAGCCAUUGCCGUCGUGCCCACGGUUGGCUUUUUCAAGCAACUUUAACGAUUGGUACACCCUUGAAAACUGUCCAAACUUUGACGUCUGCCCAACUUGCUAUGAGGGCGUCUUUGAAGACACCCAAUUCGCCCCCUACUUCAAGCAAACCCGCGUACAUGAAAAACGAAUCUUGAGGAACUGCGACUUCAGCUCGCCAUGGGUCCGACUAGCUUGGCUACUUAUGGUAAAGCAGAAACACAAGAGCCUAGACCUCCUAUACCGCCUCGCUACCAUCCGCGAAAUUGAGCAACCAUGCCCUGGCAAUCUCGAGAUCUCUGGGACUUGGUACGGCAUCAAAGACUCGUACGGUGAUCACGUCACCAAAUUCGCCAUCUGCCCCUGUGACCUAAAGCAAAUCGAAGCGCUUCUCCCCUCCCUCCGCGGCGCCUUUACCCGCAUCUACCCCUCCGACUCCCGCAAAACCUACAUGUGCGCCCUCCGCACCGCAUCCCGCCGCUUCCCCGCCUAUCUCGACCUUCUUGUCGAACUAGACGAAGAAGCCACCCGCCGCGCCCGCUCCCCCGACCUCCGACCCUUCAUUCAACUCGCUAAGGAAAACGCGUACAAGCAAGAAUGCACGCGCGACCAGCUCAUUCUAGACCAGACGUGGCACUUCAUCCCUCGCCUCCCCGAAUUCGCCGUCUGCGAGGAAUGCUUCGACGAGCUCGUCUGGCCGGAAGCCAUGAAAAAGAACCCCUCGAAGAUUGCGGCGGAGUUUAACAAGUCGUUGCAGUUUGUGAAGGGCGAGCCCACACUUGGGACGAGUUGCCAGCUGUACUCGCCGCGCAUGCGCCGUGUUUGGAAGCGUGCGGUUGAGGAUGAGGAUUUUGGGUAUCUCGCGAAGAAGGCGCUGGAGAGGAAUAAGAUGGAGAUUGAUUUGCAGAGCCAGAGUAAGGCGAUUGCUAGGCUGUUGGGAGAUAAGUGGCGGAGUGGGGUGGAGCGGGAGCAGUUGCGGUUGCAGGCGGCGCAGUUGGCGGAGGCGUGGAGGGAGUGGGAGUAGCAGAAGGUGGUCUUGGGCGGUGAUUUGAAUGAAAAAGCGUUGAUGGGGUUUAUGAUUGGAUGAUUGAUGGAUGCAGUAAUGACUGAUUUGGAUCCUUACCGGAUUCUCUUUAUGGAGUAGGUUUCAAGGUCGUAUUAUUAGAGACGCUCAUUAUGAGAGGAACUAAAAGUUUUUAUCUCUGAAUGUUCACUGGGCAAAGGUGAAUCUUGAUCGCAAGUACCGCGUUACUUGCUACUACAAGCAGACCCGGAAAUGAUCUGUACGUACGUAGGCACGAACGCGUGCUAUUGGUGUAAGCCUCAUAUUGUGACCUCUUCCUGUCUAGCCGCUUACUCAGCAGCUUCUUGUGUGUUAGUUAACUAUAUCUUUCCUCCUUCCGCUCAAUAGCUAGCUUCCGGACCAUCAUCAAUACAGCUUGUGGCUGCACACCU